AUGGAGAGUGCUAAAGGUGCCGAGCAGCAUGCGCCCGAGCAGAGUGGCGCAGCCGAGGGGCCAGCCCAGAGCACGGCUCCACAAGGGCCCCAGGAAGACCAGCAGCAGCUCCUCUAUCACGAGGAAACUAUUGAUCUCGGUGGAGAUGAGUUUGGGUCAGAAGACUCGAAUAACUUAGUGGACAAGCUCGACGAGCCCAUGAUGGAGAGUGUCCUCAUCUCUGAUUCCCCGAACAACAGCGAGGACGGCGCGGGGGACCUGGGUUGUUUGCAGGAUGUCGUGGAGCCUGCAGAAGGCGGCGCAGAUCACAGGCGGGAAAGCGUCGUAGACGAAGACGCGCUGGACGCUCUGAGUGAUGACAGUGAAAGUGAGCGAGAGGACACACCUAAAGACGCCUCGGACAUGACCCCCGACAGCGGGGCAUCGUUGAAGGAAGACCCAGGGCAGGAGGAGGUGAAAGACCUGCCCCCCUUUGAGCACGAGGGUGCAGAGGACUUGGUCCCAGGGGACGUGAGGGCGCCCGCAGCGGGGCCGGCAUCGGGACUGUCCCCCCGGCAGCCGUCCCCCAAAGACGAGCCGGUGCCCAUGUGCACCAUCUUCAGCCAGCCGCUGCCUGCCGGCUCCCAGCCCCAGGUCCUGCGCGAUGGCUUCGAGUCCCAGAUGGUGAAAUCGCCCAGUUUCAGCGGCGCAAGCGAAGCGGCCGCCAGGACCCCUCCUCAGGUGGUCCAGCCGAGCCCCAGCCUGAGCAAAUUUUUUGGCGAUACAACCAGCACUAACUCCUUGGCCUCGGACUUCUUUGAUUCCUUCACAACCUCCACCUUCAUCUCUGUCAGUAAUCCCAACGCCAGCCCUUCGAUUCCAGAAAGCUUGUCAUCACUCGCCGCUACCCCAGUGGGGGAAGACUCCCUGGGUUCUGCCGACCCUUCUUACUCCCCAGGGACGGAAAGAUCAGAGUCAGGCGUUUCCACAGCUUCUCUGGAAAUUCCUCAGUCUCCAAAACCAUUUUCACAGAUCCAGGCUGUGUUUGCCGGGAGCGAGGACCCCUUUGCCACCGCCCUGAGCAUGAGUGAGAUGGACCGGAGAAACGACGCCUGGAUUCCCGGGGAGGCGACGAGGAGCGUGCUGAUUUCAGUCACCACCCAGCAGUGCAGCACGGUGUUCGUGGGCAAGGAGGACCUCACCAUGCCGGGCCUCAAGUUUGACAACAUCCAGGGAGAUGCGGUUAAAGACUUAAUGCUUCGCUUCCUGGGUGAAAAAGCUGCAGCAAAGAGACAGGUCUUAAACGCCAACUCGGUAGAACAGUCUUUUGUUGGAUUGAAACAGCUCAUUAGCUGCAAGAACUGGAGAGCAGCCGUGGACCUGUGCGGGCGGCUCCUUACAGCCCAUGGCCAAGGCUACGGCAAGAGCGGGCUGCCGACCAGCCACACCGCCGACUCCCUGCAGCUUUGGUUUGUGAGGCUAGCACUGCUGGUGAAGCUGGGCCUUUUCCAGAAUGCGGAGAUGGAGUUUGAGCCCUUCGGAAACCUGGAUCAGCCAGAUCUCUAUUACGAGUACUACCCUCACGUGUACCCUGGGCGCAGGGGUUCCAUGGUCCCCUUUUCGAUGCGGAUCCUACAUGCGGAGCUUCAUCAGUACCUGGGGAACCCCCAGGAGUCGCUGGACCGGCUGCACAGGGUGAAGGCCGUCUGCAGCAAGAUCCUGACAAACUUGGAGCAGGGCCUGGCCGAGGAUGGCGGCAUGAACAGCAUGGCCCAGGAGAACAGACAAGCCUCCGUGCAGCUGUGGCGGUCCCGCCUGGGACGGGUGACGUGCUCCAUGGCCAACUGUCUGCUGCUCAUGAAGGAUUACGUGCUGGCCGUGGACACAUACCGCUCGGUCAUCCAGUACUACCCACACCAGGAGCCCCAGCUGCUGAGCUGCAUCGGCCGGAUCUUCCUCCAGAUUGGAGACAUAAAGACAGCCGAAAAGUACUUUCAAGAUGUAGAGAAAGUAACACAGAAACUGGAUGGACUGCAGGGUAAAAUAAUGGUUUUAAUGAACAGAGCUUUCCUUCACCUCGGUCAGAAUAACUUUGCAGAAGCCCACCGAUGCUUCACAGAGAUUCUAAGGAUUGACCCAGCAAAUGUGGUGGCCAACAACAAUGCGGCCGUGUGCCUGCUCUACCUGGGCCGACUCAAGGACUCGCUGCGGCAGCUGGAGGCCAUGACCCAGCAGGACCCGCGGCACUGCCUGCACGAGAGCGCGCUCUUCAACCUGACCACCAUGUACGAGCUGGAGUCGUCCCGGAGUCUGCAGAAGAAGCAGGCUCUGCUCGAGGCCGUGGCCGGCGAGGGCGGGGACGGCUUCAACGCGCAGUGCCUCAAGCUGGCCUAG